AUGUUGGUAGCUCUGGGAAAAUACAUCAGUGAUAUAUUGAUGGAAAUAGCGGAAGGAAUAUAUGAAGAUGGAGAGCCUGCAACACAGAUGUAUAAAUCGACAUAUAGACCUUAUAAAGAUACUGGAACAGAUAGAUUUCGAUGGGAAAGAUCUAAGAUUGAUAAAGAAUUUAUAUUGGAAACAAGAGGCAUCAGUGAAAGUAGAAAAAGAGGAAUCAGAGACUCUGCAUAUCAAGAGAGGUGUAAGACAGGACUGUGUGUUUCUGAUCUCUUCAAUUUAUAUAGAGAAAUGAUAAUGAGAGAUCUCAGAAAUAUAGAAGGAAUUAAGGUUGGAGGAGUCACUGUUAAUAAUAUCAGAUAUGCUGAUGAUACAGCACUUGUUGCAGACUCCCAUGAUAAACUUCAAGCUUUAAUCAGUACUCUACACCAAUCAAGCAGAGAAAGAGCUCUGUCAAUAAAUAUUAAGAAAACAGAAGUUAUGAUAAUCAACAUGGAUGAAAUACCCCCAAGAAUAGAUAUAAAAAUUGAUGCUGAAACACUUAAACAAAUCCAUAUUUAUAAUUAUUUAGGAUGCACUGUCGGAAGUGAUGGAAAAUUCGAAAAAGAGAUCAAGAAGAGAAUAUCCAUGGCAAAAGAUGCAUUUGGUAAGAUCAAGAAAUUAGUCACCAACUCGAAAAUAUCUAUGAAUCUAAGGAGGAGGUUUGUGGAAUGUUUUGUUUGGUCUGUAUUGUUGUAUGGCUGUGAAACUCUGACCUUGAGGAAGGCAGAAGAGGAGAGGUUACAGGCUGCAGAAAUGUGGUUUUGGAGAAGGAUGUUAAAAAUAUCAUGGACAGAAAGGAAAACUAGUGAAGAAGUAUUAGAGAGAGUAGGCGUUGAAAGAGAGCUUUAG